AAAGAAUUAAAGGUGGAUCGGAGGUAUGGAAAAAGGCCUCUUCCUUCCGAUGGUGCUUCAUCACCAUCGGAAGAGAAAGAGGAACACCCCCACAUCUUUCCAACCUACGCCUCCACUCGUUCUGAACAAGACAUGUCUGCCAUGGUUUCAGCCCUCACUCAUGUCAUCGGCGCCCCCGAUGCGGAUCAAUCGUCUCCUCAUCAACUUCAAGGAGCACCACUGUCGUCUCACGAUUACCCAUCUCAUCAGCCUAUGCAGCAGGAUCAAGGGAACACAAGAAGGAGGCAUUAUAGAGGAGUGAGGCAAAGGCCAUGGGGUAAAUGGGCAGCGGAGAUACGUGACCCAAAGAAGGCAGCUCGAGUGUGGCUUGGCACAUUUGACACCGCCGAGGAUGCAGCACUGGCUUAUGACGAGGCGGCUCUCAGGUUCAAAGGGACUAAGGCUAAGCUUAAUUUCCCUGAGCGAGUUCAAGGGAGGACUGAGUUGAGUGGUUACUACAUGGCUACUACUACUACUACUCAUCAUCAUGAACCAGCUGUUCCCCAGCAACCUCCUCCUCCUCUUCCUCCUCUCUCCAUCUCCAUUCCUUCUCCUUUGUCCCACAACACUUACCCAGACCUCUUUCAAUAUGCCCAGCUACUAUGCAGUAGAGAUGAUCAGGAUCUGCAACACGUGGCAUCUGGUCUUUAUAACAGUCCAGGAUUACCAUUUGGGUCUCAUUCUUCUUCUUCUUCUUCCACAACUUCAAUGUCACCUCAACAACAACAACAACAACAACAACAAGAACUUCUGAGGUUUUCAUCACUGUUCGGAAGCUCUUCUUCUACCUCUGAUCAAUUCGCUGAACAAGGAAGGGACACUGAUACCAGCCACUACUCCAAAGACUAGCUAUCUAGGGUUCUUUUUUUUUUUGUUGCU